GUAGCGCGCUCGCGUCUACGGUUUCGCUCGCGUGGAAAGUCACGCAGCUCGGUGGUGUAGAGGAGGGAAAAAAAGUUUCGUGACGUGUUUGCCCGUCUAUAUCUUUCUCUUUCGUCCCGUCCAUCUAUCUCGCUCCCUCGCGUACAACGCAUGCAUUGAAAUGUUGGCGUACUCGUGAGAUUUGGGUCCGCGCGCGGCCAUCGACGACGACGACGACGACGACGAAAACGACGACCCGUUCGUUCCGCUGUCUCGUACGAGGGAACCCCGGGUUGGUGGUACACGAUAAUGCGCAAUCGGGCGCGCGGAGACGGCAGUGUGAGCGUCGAUAGUUUAGGGUUUCAAAAGUAAAACAAAUUAUACUGUCCUAUAGACAGUACAAAUAAUCAUACCGAUGUUGGGUCAUUGGCAAGAUCAAAAUAUGCCGAAGGAGAUGCAACAACAUGUCGACAAUCUGGGUACACAACCACCACAAAUGUAUAAUGUACCUGUCGAAGGAAUCAACAAGAAACAUUCCAUUUAUUGGUCUAAUGGACAGCAAAGUAUCAAUGAAACGAGUAACAAGCCCAACACUGUGUCAGAUCAAUGGCAUAAUCAAAAUUACGAAGCCGCGUCCCAUCAUCAGUCCGCGCAUCUAGUACAAACGAAUAAUGUGAACGAUACAUUUAGUUCUUGGCCACAACCGGGCAAUGUCAUGACUGCCACCCCUAAUUGGAGAUAUUCUAACAUGCAAAGCGAAUCUGUACAUCCAAAUCAACAGUUACAGCAGCAGAUAGAUAACAAUUUGCUUAAAGACAACAUGUCACAUGAUAAUAAUGAUACUAGGUUUGCUGCAAAUGAAUGGCAACAAACGCAGGCAGCACCUACUUAUGCUUUCGGUUAUACAAUUCAUAGUGUAGAAAACAAAUCGCAACGUAAUUGGCAGAAUCAUACUGACAUGUUGGGCCAGGAUCAGAAUAUGCCAAAGGAAAUUCAGCAGCAAGUCGACAAUAUGGGUAAUCAGUGUACGCAAUCACCGCAAAUGUAUAACACGUCCGUCGAAGGAAUUAACAAGAAACAUUCCAUCAAUUGGUCUAAUGGACAGCAGAGUAUCAAUGAAAUGAGUAAUAAACCCAGCACCAUGUCGAAUCAGUGGCAUAAUCAAAAUUGCGAGGCCACAAUGUCUCAUCAUCAGCCCUCGCAACUAGUACAAACAAAUAAUUUAAAUGAUACAUUUAGUUCUUGGCCACAAUCGGGCAAUAUCACGACUGCCUCGCACGAUUGGAGAUAUUCCAACAUGCAAAGCGAAUCUGUACAUCCAAAUCAAUGGUUACAGCAGCAGGUAGAUAACAAUUCGUUCAAGGAUAACAUGUCGCAGGAUAAUAAUGGUACUAGGCUUGUCGCGAACGAAUGGCAAAUGCAGUUAGCGCCAUUCAGUUACGCUCCAGUAACUACGACUGUACCUACGACUGUAGAGAGUAUUGUACAUACGCUCAACAAUAAUGAACAGCAAGAGAAUGAGAAACAAGUCACGAUAACUUCAUCUUAUGAAUCUCUUAAUCUUGUGAAAUCGAGUGACAUUAAACCAAUGAUCGGAAAUCAUAAUUUGAAUUCAGCGAUUGAUAAUGGACCGAAAAGUGAUAUUUCGAAAAAUGUUCUCGGCGAGAACAAUGAUCGCGUUUUUGUUCCUACAGUGACAGAGGAAUUAUCCAGCAAUUUCGGUCAACUUAAUCUCGGAAACAAAUCUAGGAAGCAUACAGAUUAUUCGGAUGAAUCGUUGGAUGUAUAUCUAAAUCCUGUGGAAGGAAAAGUUCAACACUCGGCCACUAAUUUUAAUGUGGGAAGUCGUAGUAAUCCCGACAAUAUAUCCGUAUUGCCAUCGGAUUAUGUAUCGAGCAGCAUGGAUAGACCAUCAACACAUUCUACUGACAACCAGCCACCUAUGAGUCAAGAUCAUCCGAUACCGAAUACAUAUCAUAAUGUUACUAAAAUGACAGAUAGUAUCUCACAAAGCGGAUAUGAUCAGUGGUACAAUCAAAGCACGCUGCAGAAUGCGUGGUACGCGAAGGAUCAUUCACGUCUGCCUACCAAACAAAGAAGCGCUCCGGAGCAAAAUGUAGAGAAUUACGAAAACAUUCAACAAACGUCCGACUUUAUAAACGUAGAAAUCGUCGUACCCACGACAUUGCAUGAACGCGAUAUUUACGGCUCGCGAGAUUCUAUAAACAAGGAGAUGUUGGAUAACGAUCCUAAACCAAAAGCGAGUCCGAAAGAAAGUGUGACAAAUGUACGGGGCUUUAGAGAGGAAAUGAACAACGUUGAAGUACUGUCCAUGCAACAGCAAGUACGGCCGCAUCCGCCUCUGCAAACGGAGCAGAUGCCGGACAACUACGAGUUUGCCUCGAACGACAGAAACACAUUCUUGGAGACUGGUGAGUUAACAGAUUCACAUCAGGAACACGAGCCGACACCGCCGACCCAGGAUGACGAGAAUGACGAAGUGCCUAAUGAUAUUCCUUUCCUGCGCGAAGUACCGGGACAAUCAAGCACCAUAGAUCCACGUAGAAACGAUCCUACGGGUCAAGAGAAUCACGGGCAACGCAUCUCCGAUCCCAGAAGAAAUGAUCCUUCUGGUCAAGAGCAAAGUAUACAAAUCAGAAAUAUAUCCGACAGGGUAGAGCGCCGCGAUGUCCUUCCAGGUCAAGAGAGAAACGUUCCUCAGCUAUUACGAGGCGAUUCGGAUACACUGGAACGACGGAAUGACCCUUCGGGCAGGGAGCGUUCUCUUCCGCCGCAGCAGUCGCGAAACGAUCCGUCCGGUGAGGAGAGAUAUCAGCCGCAGUCACAGAUAAUGAUGGAACCGAGCGAGACUCGCGAAGUACUUGGUCGAGGCAACGAACCCGACGAAGUUGCACGACAGAUUCAGGACGCGGAACUCAGACAGAUACCAGGCGGAGCGUCUUCCAAUGAUGUUACGCAAUUAAUACCCGACGAUAGGACGGCGGCGACGACCGGUGGUAGAGUAGUUACUGGUUCUCUUCCGGAGAUCCUUUCUUCAACGAUUCCGCAGGAUCCGACAAGCGGUGAUGCGCGAAGCAAGCGCGAAGAAGCAGUGGGUGCUUCUCUCGAGAGCGAGACGAACCAAGGUGUUUCCGCUUCAUCGAAUCGUCGGAAUUCUUACGAGGAUCAAGAGGAGGACGCGGGUUCUCGUGAAAGCCGAGACGAAAGCAGGGAAAGACGACGAGAAAGCAGUCCCGAUCGCCGACGAUACGAAUACGACCGAAAGAAUGCGUACUAUGAUCACGAUCGCGAGUACGAAGACGAUUAUUAUUACGAUCGUCGGCGCGCAGGCGACACUGAUCGUCCAUAUAACGUCGCUCGCGAUGACUUUAAGCGACGGGAUAUUCCAUAUCGAGAUGACGAUCGUAAACACCAUAGUCGUGAUGACCUGGAUCGAUAUGCUAGAGAAGACAUGGAUAGAAGGGUCAGAGGAAAAGAGGAUUUGGAUGAGAGGGAUGGCAGAAGAAGACCGCAGGAUGAUCGUAGGAGAGAAGAUCCGCGUCGUCGGGACAGAGAUCCGAGAGAUUACGACGCGCGGUAUUCCAGGGAUCCUAGAGAUAAAGACUAUAUAGAUCGUGAGAGAAGACGACCACGAAGAUAUGACCACGAUUACGAUAUUAGAGAUCCGUAUAGAAGAGAUUAUUACGAUGAUCUUUAUGGAAGAAGUUCUAGGCCUUCAAGUAGAUCUUCUUACAACGACAAAGAUCGCGAAUAUUACGCACGUACAAAGGACCCUUACUAUGCCUAUAAUAUGAAUGCAAGAUAUGGUGGAUAUGAUUAUGGUGCUCUUUAUGGUAACAAUUAUUACGCAUAUCUUGAGAAUUUGCGUCAAACGAAUCCUGCCGCUUAUACUGAAUGGUAUCACAAAUAUUAUGGCAGCCAUCAACAACAGCAGCAGCAUAUUGCCAGAGGUGUUGGCAAUUAUCCAGAAGAUAGAGCCAGUGUUCAUUCCGGCCGUAGUUCCUGCGAUGACAGGAAUACUAGUGAUAAAAGAACAUUGGGUGUUACGCAUUUGGAGGAUUCAACAAUCAUUUCUGCUCGAUUAACACCAACCAAGUAUUCUACUUCUCAUGCAUAUGGAUGCUUUUCGAUUGGAUCUUUAGUGCAUGUUCAUCCAAGCUAUCCAGCUGAUGGUGAAAGGGCUAAAGUGGACAUUUUUCGUGUAGAUAACUUGCUCUCACAUGAUCCUGUCACACGUGAUUUACGAUCAUAUCCAGGACCUCUAAUUAAUGGUGUAACGCAUAAGAAAACUAUUAUAGAGUAUUGCGAAAAUAAAAUUAAGAAAGCAGUGAUGAAUGAAGAAAUAGUCGAUCGUGCUUCAUAUAUUUUGUUGUAUGAAUUGAUGAUUAUGCUGAUUCAACAAAACGGCAACGUCGUCGGCGUUGACAUUGCCGGGCUUUUACUACGUAACAAGGACACUUACCCUCACGAUACGAGCAAACUCAAGUUUCAGGAUGUAAAGCGCAGAGAAUCGCAAGUAUCACAACGAUCUGGGGCGACAGGUAGCGACGGAAGUACCCAGGAUAUUUCUGCGCUAUCUGAGAAACCUGAAGCCAAACAGCGAAAAACGACGGAACAAAUAACAGACGAAUUUAGAGAUACAUUACUUUACGGGCGGGUUCAAGAAGCAUUAGAGUAUGCAAUGAACGAAGGACUUUGGGGCCAUGCUCUUUUCCUGGCUAGUAAACUAGAUAAGCGCACUUACGCUUCUGUAAUGACCCGUUUUGCAAACAGUCUACCAUCACACGAUCCUCUACAGACUUUGUAUCAACUACACUCUGGUCGCGUACCUGCUGUAGUCACAUGUGUUGCAGAUCCACGUUGGGAUGAUUGGCGGCCUCAUUUGGCUAUGAUUAUCUCUAAUACUUCAACCAAUCCAGAGAUUAAUCGCCGGUCAAUAACAACUCUCGGAGAUACGUUAUUUGCGAAGGGUGAUAUUCAUGCUGCACAUUUCUGCUACAUUCUCGCGCAAAUUGAUUUUGGUGCUUAUGGAGUUAAUGGAGUUAAGCUCGUGUUAAUCGGUGCGAAUCCGAACAAACCGUAUUCUGAAUUUCUUACAAUGGAGGCUAUUAUGCUAACGGAAAUCUAUGAAUAUGCUCGAAAUCUUAGCGAUCCAUGCUUCACAUUAGUGGAUCUUCAAACAUUCAAGUUUGAUCUAAUCGUGAAAAUGGUGGACUGUGGAUUAAUAGAAAAGGCUCUAUUAUAUAUCGAACAGAUUGCAACAAACAUCGCGAACGAUUCGUCAAAAUAUAAGAAAUCUUUCAUUGAAUCAGUUUAUAUACUGGGUGACCGAAUCAAGUACCAUGAUCCAAUCUAUAAAGACGCUACUGAAGAUGCUACGAAUUUAACAUGGCUCAAUAAAUUAGCGGAAAUUAUCGGAAAAUAUCAGAGCGAGGAGACUUCCGAGGAAGAAACGUACGCUUCCCAUACCAUUGUAGAAAAUCAGAAAAUUCAAAAAGAGAUGAAGCAGCAACAAUCAUCAUCGCAACAACAAUGGAAUACCAUUCAACCCGAUUAUGGCGAUGGACCUAUAUCAAUGAUGGAAGUUAAUACCAGCGAAAUGCAAUCCAACUGGCAGCCGCUAUCUCUGCCUGCGAAUAUUCAAGAUACGUAUGAUCCGAACACGCAAUAUAUGAGAAACAUGGAUGAAUCUACUCAACAACAACAGCCGCAACAACAGGAUUAUUGGAAUCAGCAAUCAUAUUAUCAAGGCAAUUAUGGAAGAAACGAGUCUACGCUAUCUAAUUGGCCGCAACAAUCCAUGCCAGGCAUGAUCGCAGAUCAGACUGAGAUCAAUAACACGCAGCAAUUGGAUAAGUGGAAUUUUGAGACGGAAAGGGAAGACAAAACGCCUACCCCUGAAUCAAAUAUGCAACCAGCAAUCUCUAUGACACCGUCGACGGGGAAGCAAUACGAUCCGUUAGAAGAAUUGGACGCGCUCGAGACACCACGAGCGAGCGGUAAAUCCCCAACGGAGAUGAAGAAGACAACCGAGAAGACGGCCGAGAAAAAACCCACCAACAGCGGUGGCUCCUGGUUCGGUGGUUUGUUUAGUAAACUCGCGCCGAAGCCGAAGAAUCAAAUGAUAUUGCCGGAUGAUAGUAACCCAACGAUUGUGUGGGAUCCUGUUGCUAAGAAGUGGAUGAAUAAGGAUGAGGACGGCGAUGGCGGUGCCUCGGCGUUGGUGCCACCGCCGAAGACGUCUGACGUAAGUUUCCGUGCUCCAGUGAUGGAACGCAAUACUUGUUCGCAGCCGCUUCCGCCGAGCGGCGAGGAUGCGUCGGCGAUGGAUGCCAUUUCGAAAUUGCCCACCGGUAAUAGCAAUAUGUACAAAUUGCCAAAGGGCAGAAGUAUGCGUGCCAAUUAUGUAGAUGUGAUGAAUCCCGGUGGGGGGAAACUCAAGGCACCUGGCAUGACGUCGUCCACCCCCAUGACAUCUCCGCUUGUACCUAUGGCUACUUCGUCCCCGCAGCUGUUCGUCCCCGCGCCAAUUAACGAUUCAACCGCUCCUGUGGAUUUCUUGACUCCGGCAGCAACACCACCAUCUGGAAACGUCGCAGACAAUACCUCUCGUUGGAGCUCGACCAGCUCGUUAUCGCGAGAGGUGCAAAGCUACACAAUGAGGGAUCCGCGGCUUCUUCAACGGAACAAGGGACCAAUGAUGUUCAACCCGAGUGAGAUGAAGGAUCGUUCGGUGAAGAACAUGCCACCUAGCAGAUAUCCUCCGCGAUAAUCUUUGCUUAUGCAAAUAAUUAGUUAUUAAAAUUAGGAGAUUUUUUUUUUUAUCAUCUCGCAGUUGUGUUUAAUAUGAAUAUAUAUUUGUUUUUGUAUAGAAAACGUGACAACAACAGUACAUUCUUUAGAAUGAUGAUAUACACACGGUGCACAGUUCUCUUUCGAGAAAGGAUGUACAUACUUAAAUAACGUAAGGAUUCGGAAGAUGUCAUUCUUACGAUGUCCUGUACAUUUCGUUGUCUAGAUAAAUUUUUACAUUGAAUUUUGUUCGAUUUUGUCUCAUUGUUAUAUUUAUCGUGUCAAAUAAAAAAUUGCAUUGAAAAAUAUUCAGUAAAUAAGAUUUCCAUACAAUAGAAGGAUAUACAAUUUUAAUGGUGCAAUGUGAGAGAUAGCAGAAAUAAAUAACUCAAAUAUGCGUUUUGCAAUUUGUAAAUUAAAAUUUUUUCCACUUAUCGAAAAAAAAGAAUGUGCUUUUGUUUGAUAAAUUUUCAUGGAAUGUUUCAUUAAUGAAUUUAUUUGAAAGUUGUUGGUUUCCGCAUAUUUUUAGAAACGCGAAAUUUUCCAUCGAAUAAUUAUCGCUAUUUUUGCGUUACUGCGUCGAAUGAGUUAUUAUCAUGUUAUGUAAAAAUGCGCGAGUGCAUUCCCAUUAUUAUUACUAUAUUAUAUAUUAUAUUCGCUUAGCUUGUAAGUAUUGUCAUUCUUUCGGAUUCGAUGACAUCUAUCGACGCGAAAAUUUCAAGUUCUGUGCGUGCUAUUUGAAUUAUCCGAGUGAGAUAUAAAGAAGUUUUUAUCUACAACUUGCAAUCACAGAUUUAAUUAAGUUACGAUUGAAGACCUUUUCAUUGAAGAGUGUCUUGUAGAUGUACGAUAUAUAGAGCGAGGAUUGCGUAGCGCAGAUUGUAGCUUAAUUACAGAAUUGGUUACAAUACGGCCUUGUCGGUAUAUGUGUUGUAAUACUAAGUCUGAUUUUAUAUAUCAGGAAGAAGGGAAUAUUGUGUGCAGCGCCGGUGAAUAAAACAUGUUAGGAAUAUGAAAUAUGAAAAUUUUAUCGAUCGUAAGGGCAAGAAAAUCGCGUUUACGAGAAGUGUAUAAUAGAGAGAAAUACUGUUAUUAAAUGUCAGAUUAUAUAUUAUAUAAUAUUGAUACACCAAUAAUACGCAACUGCCAUCAACGUGGAUAGUGCGAAGAGUGAUGAAGAGCGUUUGUAUCGCAUUUCCAUUGUGUUUCAAUCGCAUUAGAUUUAUAAGAUACAUCCGUUGGUGUCUAUCUCCGCGAGGGAUUCGAUAAUAUUAGAAGGUUGUGAGAACUCUCUCUUUUUGAUGAGAGAUGCGUAAAGAGAAAAGCAUUUUAGCCAAGAAAUAAGUGAUCUUAACGCUUUUCCGUAUACGCUAGGAUAUUUUUACUGAAAAUUAAGUAUCUUAAAAUACUCAAUUUUCAAUAAACAGGAUGACCUUCUUCCUGUUUUAAUGAAUACUGUUACGUGAAUUGUUCACGGCGAAUGUGGUUCUAAAAUAGUUUUAUUGAAAAUAUCAUUUUUGGCUCGUCCUACGAUUUUUCUUGAUAUUAAACUUCCCCUCAAAAUUUUUAAAUAAGAUAAAAAUUUUCGACAGAAUCCUUCGGAUAGUAGUAUAUUUCUAGCAUAUAAA